GUCAUCACGCAGUGAGCUCGCGUACCGAGAAGUUGAGGCAGAAUGAAAGUAAGUUCUCUCUCCGUGUGUGAGCAGUCGCCAACGAGUCGAGCUCAGAGACGAGCUGGAUGAUGCCUCAUAGAGAUGACUGCUGCACCACAGCACCAGAGAGCAACGCCGAGGGCGGGCAGCACCAGCCGCUCGUCCUGGAAAGAGUGGAGAAAGGAGCGCCUCAAAGCUGUCAGACCGUGGUGUCACGCCGACUGAAGAAGCACUGCUCGUGCUCUCCGCAGAAGGUCAAGGCCAAGAUCCUGGGCUUUGUUCCCAUCUUAAAAUGGCUGCCACAGUACCAGCUGAGAGACUGGAUCCUGGGCGACGUCAUGUCUGGACUCAUUGUGGGAAUCUUAUUGGUCCCCCAGUCCAUCGCCUACUCCCUAUUGGCUGGUCAGGACCCCAUCUACGGGCUCUACACGUCCUUCUUCUCCUCCAUCAUCUACACCCUGCUAGGCACCUCCAGACACAUCUCCGUGGGCAUUUUUGGGGUGCUUUGCCUGCUUGUGGGUCAGGUGGUGGACAGGGAGCUGGCAGUGGCGGGAUACCUCAGCGAGGGCCUGAGCAGUAACAACAGCGCCGCCCUCCUGGCAGCCCAAGGGAACAACAGCGCGGUGGUGGAGUGUGACAAGAGCUGCUACGCAAUAGCUGUGGGGGCGACGGUCACGUUCACCGCAGGUGUCUAUCAGGUGCUGAUGGGUAUUUUCCAGGUGGGCUUCGUAUCUGUCUACCUCUCCGACUCCCUCCUGAGCGGCUUUGCCACCGGAGCCUCCCUGACCAUCCUCACCUCGCAGGUCAAGUACCUCCUAGGACUGAAGAUCCGCAGGGCGCAGGGCUGGUUCACGCUGUUCAAGACCUGGUUCAGUGUGCUUGCCAGCCUGGGCCAGACCAACCUGUGUGACCUGCUGACCAGCCUGGUGUGUCUACUCGUGCUGGUACCCGCCAAGGAGCUCAACUACCGCUUCAAGGCCAAGUUGAAGGCUCCAAUUCCCUUCGAGCUCUUUGUUGUCAUCAUCGCGACGCUGGCGUCUCAUUUUGGCCACUUCAACACCGACUACGGUUCCGACGUGGCCGGGGAGAUCCCCACGGGCUUCCUCCCGCCGCAGCUCCCCUCAUGGUCCCUCAUCCCCAACGUGGCGGUGGACGCCUUCUCCGUCGCGCUGGUGGGAUUCGCCAUCACGGUGUCGCUGUCCGAGAUGUUCGCCAAGAAGCACGGCUACCGAGUGGAUGCCAACCAGGAGAUGUACGCCAUCGGCUUCUGCAACAUCCUGCCGUCGUUCUUCCGCUGCUUCACCACCAGCGCCGCCCUGACCAAAACGCUGGUCAAGGAGUCCACGGGUUGCCAGACGCAGGUGUCGGGGCUGGUCAGCGCCGUGGUCCUGCUGCUGGUGCUGCUGGUCAUCGCACCGCUCUUCUUUUCCCUCCAGAAAUGUGUGCUAGCCGUCAUCAUUGUGGUCAACCUCCGUGGCGCUCUACGAAAGUUUGCCGAAGUCCCGCGCAUGUGGCGCGCCAACCGCGUGGACGCCUCCAUCUGGCUCAUCACCAUGGCGACUUCAGCGCUGGUCAACACGGAGCUGGGUCUCCUGGUGGGGGUUCUCGUGUCCGCCUUUAGCGUCUUGGGCCGAACCCAGCAGGCGCAGGUGCUGGAGCUGGGCCGGACCCCCAGCCGGGACCACUACGAGGUCCUGGCCUCGUACCACGGCCUCCACACUCACCCGGGAGUGGCCGUCAUUAGAUACCCCGCCCCCAUCUACUACGCCAACCAGACUUUGUUCAAGAAAUCUUUGUACCGCCGCACGGGGCUCGACCCCGUGAAGGAGAAGACCCGCCGUGUCAAGUGUGAGAAGGAAGGAGUCCAGAACUCCACGAAGGAAGCGUCACGCAAAGAAGACGGCGAAGCCGCUGCCAACAUAACUUUGAUGCUGGACAAGAAAUCGCAAAGCAUUUUACGCGGCUUAGUGCUAGACUGCAGCGCCGUCUUGUUCCUCGACACCACCGGCGUCAACGCCCUGAAAGAAGUCCGCAAAGAUUACGGCGAGCUAGGGGUCACGGUGGUCCUGGCUCAGUGCAACACCGCCGUCCUGGAUGCUCUUCAACGAGGGGGGUACAUCCCGGAAAAACAGGGCGGGGACGACGGAUUGAUAUUCUUCACCAUCGCCGACGCCGUCCAUCACGUUGAGCACACGUCCAAGCCCAAUGGCGUCUACGAUGGUGGAUGCUGAGAUUCACUGACCAUACGUUUACAUGCAGUGUAAAAAAAAAAAAAAAGUUACUGAAAGUGCCUCCUUGGUGAACUCGUCACCAUGUUUAACACUUAUUUUAAGACAAUCAAAAAUAUUUCUUGGCCAAAGUAAAAAAUACUUUUGAUGAAAAGUUACAUUUGACAUUAGUAAUACAGUAAUCCCUCGCCACUUUGCGCUUUGAAUUUCGCGGCUUCACUCCAGCACGUUUGUUCAAAAAUACAGUCAUCCCUUGCAAUGUCGUGGUUUUCCAGAAAUGAAUGAAUGAAUGAAUGAAUGAUAGAUGUUAGGUGGUAGACUGAAGACUAUGUUCUAUUAUUAGUCCAAACAUAUGGAAAUACAAGUGAUAUGUACUUGUAUUAUUUUGCUCACUAGGCGGCAGUAAUGACACAAAACAUUGAGAUAUUAGCUUACAUGACAUUACCUUAACACUGCGUGAAGUCAGCCACGGCAUGUCCCACAUCACAGAGUGAAAAGUGGAAGUAGUACAUUUUUGGCUUCUUAAGGUUAGAAGAAAUCAAUUUGAGGCUAACUGGUUAGCUCUCUAGCUAGUGGCUGUCUCGAUGCCAUGCAGCAUAAGAGCUGCAAUGUGUUGUAAAGAAUAAAUAAUAGGACUGUAAAGGUGACUAUAGGGGUCUAAUUUCAUGUCUACAGGGCUCUAAUAAUGUUAAAAAGCGUAUUUAGAAAGUCAUAAACCGGUUAACCGCUAUAAACAAGGGAUGACUGUAAAUUAAUAUUAUGCUGUUUCCUGGUUGAAUACAAAGUACGUAUUAGUCAAAAAAUAUGCAUAUAUAAGCAAAGUUUGCCCUUUUUUGCCCAAAUGAAGAAUUUUCCAGCAUAAAAAUGGGCUCAACGAAGUAAAACUAAUGCAUUGAGAAGAUGCAUUCAAAGACGUGGCGAUGGUAUGUAGUAUUCUACACUGGUCACUAGGUGUCAGUAAAUGUUACUGUGAUGAGUGGGACACACUUGAUGGGCGGAGCAAUAGGCUUUUAUUGCAGGUUUGCAUGAUCUCGCGACAGGCACAGGCUACUGUUGCAGCUGUGACACACGACAAGCUAAAAGUCAACGAUGAACACCCCGACGUCACUUCCUGUCCACAUUCUCAGCAACAGCACGAUUCCUAUUUAUCUUAUUUUCUCUUAUUUUUGUAUGUCUACUAUAGUGGGUAACAGGAGUGUAAAAGUGACUAUAGGGGUGUUAUUUCGUGUCUAGAGGGCUCUAAUGUUAAAAAAAUUAUUUUGGAAGGUCUUACACUGAUUUUCUAGGCUCGAACUACGAAAAUAUGCCAUUUAAAAAUAAGGAAUUCACUUAUCACGCUCGAGUCUGGAACCAGUUAACCGCCAUAAACGAGGGAUUACUGUAUUUCAUCGGGAAGGCCAAGCGUUCCCAAACAAUGGAAGAGGUGCUUUUCAAGCUCCUUGGCACAGUCGUUAGCCAAAGACUGGAUUGCACUGUGUUUGAAUCGUCCUUACUGAUUUACCGAUUAUGACUCCGUGUAGCGUAUUGGGUAGUUACUGACAUUAGGACAUGUUACGGUGGUAGUAUUCCAAGGGCUGCUGCCACCUACUGGAAGAAAGCGAGAUUGCAGGUUUUGUGACAGGCGUGUUACUGGGGUUAGUGUUUUGUUUACUUCAAUAUGUUAUCACGUUUCAUGCAGUAGUUCCAAAAAAAAAAAUGCUGUUACGUGCUUAGAAGCAGAGGAUUUGUAACGCUCCUUUGCUGUGUUUGCCGAGCUGAAACCGCAUCGGUGCAUCGCCCUCGGCAAACACAGAAGGAAGCACACAAAGGUCACACGUCCAGUAAAAGCAGAGGUUCUUUUUUUUUUUUUUAAAGCAUCCGCCAAUCUGUUGGUUUUAUUGAAUGUCAAUGUUGACUUUAUGGGGAGAAUGUCCAACAGGAAGCUUCCAUGUCAGUCAUUAAUCGUGGAAAUAUCAUGAAAAGUAGCUGUUUAUUUCAUGACAUGGUUCUAGGAGUGUGUGAAACUACCUCACUGUCCUCCAACAUGCUGGGAUUCUGUGUGUGCUUCGUCUAUGCAACACGCCUACUGCAGAUUUUAUUCAUGUCCGUCAAGAUGGCUGAGGUGAAAGUGUCUUUAGCACAUGCUCCUCACCACCUGUCACUAAAAUUACUGGCCUACACUGCAAAAACUACAUUUCAAGAAAGUAAAAAAAAACAUUUUAAGCAACCAUUUCUGAAAGAUUUGCUGAUUUCUGUCCAAUGUGAAGGCUGCACAGCAAACUUUAUAGAGCGUACCAAGAUUUAUUAUAUUAAAUCUAGUCAUAAAAUCUGUGUAAAUGAUUAAACUUGAUUCAAGAAAAUAUCAAACUUUUUGUGUAGUUUAUAAAUGUAAAAACUAGCUAAUUUACAUGCUAAUCAUGCCAAAAAAGAAUUCUGAUAGUGAUUAUGACAAUAAAUUAAGUGAAUUUGAGAUACAAUCACACUUUUUUUCUUUUGAAAUAAAAAAGUUCCGUCCAUAUAAUUUGCUUCAGGUUUGUAGAAAAGCUCAGAGCGGUGAAGAAGUAACCAACAUGCCGACAAGAAGAGAUAGCAUGUUGGCCCCACAAUCAGGCAACCGGGGUUUAAAUAUAUGCAUGAUAGGGUAAUUGGAGACUUCAAAUAUUGUCCAUACCUAUGAAUGCUUGUUUGCCUAUAGGAAAAUCUAAGAAUAAUACGCCUACAUCUACAAUUUGUAAAAACAUUUUGCUUCAAUCUAGCCUCAUAAAAGCUAAUUGUAGCUAAAUUUGGCUUACUUCUUACCUUGUAAUAAGAACAUUUUAGGUAAAUCUAGCUAUAUGAUUAAGAACAACUUGCUUAUUUUACCACUCAUUACAUUCUUAAAAGUCACUAGAAAAAUGUUUUAGAUAUACGAAUUCUAGCCAAGCAAAUUCUGCUUACCCCUUUGGCAGAUUUUUUUGCUUGAAAUGAGAAAAGUUGUCUCGUUUUAAUAUAAUUUGGGUUUCUUUCAAGUAUAGCCGUUUCUGCAGUGUAUGUCAGAGCAAGAACCCUGUUGUUUUUGAUAUUUUGAAGCCAUACGUGAUGCUGGAUGUUUCAAAGGUAAAAAGCUGUGCGUGCCGUCCUCUACCUGGACAGGGCAAGAACCCUAUUGAUUUUCCAGUCGAGUCCAAGGGGUCGUUGGGGGUUAUUGCGGGUUUUUGCACAUUGGGGCAAAUGUUGGUCACGCAGUUGGGCUGUGUCUCAAAUGGAAUACUUCCUUCAAUAAGUAUACUUAAGUGUAUACUAGGGGUUUUUCCAGUAUGGGCCACAUAGUGAAAAAUGAAAGGAUGCAACAUUGCCACUUUGAUAUUUACAUGUAGCUUCACAUAUAACAACAUGUAGAUGUGAGGGCUGGGUAUAUAUGCUGGGUGUGCAUAAAGGAGGAUAGUGGAGGGGAGGAGCAGAAGCCCCCGAAAGCACGAAAGAAGCGACAUGUUCCCGUGUUGCCAACUUGCCGAAUCUAUCGCUAAAUCUGGUGACAUACCAAACCCUCUUUGCGACAUAUUUUCUCAAAAGCGACUAGCGACAAAUCUAGCUACUUUUUCUGGCGUCGUACGUAUUGUGUUGCUCCUGAGACGUCCACCCCGCCCCUGAAGCAGUCACAAGCCGUCCGUGCAGCCGUCAGCUACCGCUGCACACUGCAUAGUGGAGAUCCACGCAUCCGCACCGGGAUCUAAAAUGUAAAUGUUUCUUAAUCUUCAUGAAAUGACUUGUCCCUCAUUGGGACUCGGUCACUAACCAGUCAGUGUGUCAGAACGCGUGAUGGAGGAACGACGUGUGACAAAUAAACAAGUAGUCCCAACUACAAGAUAAAAGGUGGAGGCUGGAGGUGAGUCUGGGCGCUAGCCAAGGUAAAAUAUUAACAUUGUUUUAUUUUGAUGCCGUAAUGGCCAAUUUUAAAUUAAACUAAAAAGUUUAUUUGUAGUUCUAAACAUAAUUAAGGUGUUUUUACUCGCUUUUGUCUCUCCUACGAGGUUCUGCUUUCUAAAAAGAUGCUGACAUUUACAAAAUUCCUCUUAAACGAGGCACUGUACUUCAUAUGUUGUGCUUUUGGUAUGACAGUAGCUGAGGAAGGAAGAAGAUUAUAUUUGACUUUUUCUAUAUUUAUUUCAAAAAGAGAGUGCACUAUUUGAUUUUAGCAGCUAUUUUUCUUUCAGGUUUUUUCAAUUUUAAUGAAACAACUUUGCACACAUAGUUGACUUUGACUUUAUCUUAACUCACUUUGUGGAAAAAAUAUCGGGGUAUAUAUCGUAUAUCGACAUUCAGCAUAAAUAUAUCGGGAUCUGUGUUUUGGUCCAUAUCGCCCUGCUCUAGUAGAUAUGCUAAGAAUUUAAAUAUAUGUCAAGACAAAACUGCAUCUCAGCUUUGUCACAAAGGUGAAAAAAACUAAAAACUGGUUAGCUCUCUAGCUAGUGGCUGUCUUGAUGCCAUGCAGCAUAAGAGCUGCAAUGUGUUGUAAAGAAUAAAUAAUAGGACUGUAAAGGUGACUAUAGGGGUCUAAUUUCAUGUCUACAGGGCUCUAAUAAUGUUAAAAAGCGUAUUUAGAAAGUCAUAAACCGGUUAACCGCUAUAAACGAGGGAUGACUGUAAAUUAAUAUUAUGCUGUUUCCUGGUUGAAUACAAAGUACGUAUUAGUCAAAAAAUAUGCAUAUAUAAGCAAAGUUUGCCCUUUUUUGCCCAAAUGAAGAAUUUUCCAGCAUAAAAAUGGGCUCAACGAAGUAAAACUAAUGCAUUGAGAAGAUGCAUUCAAAGACGUGGCGAUGGUAUGUAGUAUUCUACACUGGUCACUGCUCUAGUAGAUAUGCUAAGAAUUUAAAUAUAUGUCAAGACAAAACUGCAUCUCAGCUUUGUCACAUAGGUGAAAAAAACUAUUAUUAAUAUCAGCUUCGCUCUUUCCUUUUUUAUUUUCGCUUUUUUGCUGUUGUGGGGUUUUUUUUUCCCCCUUUUGUGACUUUUUCUCCAUCAUGUUUUGACUUUAUUCCCAGAAUAUUAUGACUUUUUUCCCCCAGCUUAAUUUGCAGGAAAAAAUAUUUUGUUUGUUUGUAAAAAAUAUAUUUGAACCAUAAAUGUUUUUUCUUCAGCAUUUCCACUCUAUGCUACUAAAAUGACUUUUCCUCACAAUACCGUGAGUUUAUUCUUGUAAAAAAAAAUUCUCGUUACAAUACAAUUUUUUUGCUCUAUAUAUUUUGACUUUAUACAUGGAAAAUUGCAGCUGUUUUUCCAUUUCUGCUGUUGUAUUUUUUUACAUUUCCCAACUAAUUAAAUUUUUCUCUUGUAAAUUUUCUUGACACACAAUUAUGACUUUAUUCCCUUCAUAUUUUGUCUUUAUUCUCGUAACUUUUUCUGCAGUCUAAUUUUGUAAUUGUGUUUUUUUUCACAUUAUUACAACUUCCAAAAAAAAAUACAUUUUUCUUCAAUAUUUAAAUUGUAUUCUACUAAAAUGACAUUAUUUUUUCUCAUAAUAUUACAAUGUUAUUCUCAUAAAGUUACGACUUUUUCUCGUUGGACUACACCUUUUUUUGUCCUAAUAUUUUGACUUUAUUUUCGUAAAAUUACUGCUGGGUUUUUUUUUUUGCCAUUUUCAUAAUUUUUUGUGCGUUUUCUUGUCAAAUUACAUUUUUACAAUGUGCCGCGGGCCGCAAAUGGCCCCCAUGCCGCACUUGGGACACUCCUGGUGUACUAUCGGAUAGUGCAUUGCAUUUGCCAUACUUCUUAGUGUGAACGCACUUAUGCACUCAAAAUACUAAGUGUAAGUUGUAAGCGUGCAAGUGCACCAAGCGACACACAGCCCACGGCUUCUUCUCUUGAAUGUGCUUUGCAGAGAGACUGAGCUUUAAUGUCAUAGCAACCAAAUGCCUUAAUAAAACACACCAUGACGUGUGCGUUACUUCGUGCUCUAGUUCCUUUUUGUGGUGAUGUUUACUAAUGUGUACUUAUUAACUUAUGAUGUGUGCGUUCAGGCACGAGUGUGAAUGCACAGAGCACACGCUUCAUUGGAAUGUUUGCACUGCGUCAGGUGCGUGUGUGUGUGUGUGUGUGUGUGUACAUGCAGCUUCUGUUCAUUUUGUGUGUUGAAGUAUGAAGCCAGCUCCGCCCUGCUCAAAGAAGUGAACAAGAGCUCAAAAAGCAAGAAGUCUUUGUCCCAACCCUAACCCUAAAAUUCAUUCAAUAUUAAUGCAGAGAUAUAUUAUGGGCCUGCAGCAAAGCGCAGCAGCCCAUACUACUAUUCCACAUUUAUUCUUUCAUUAAAUUCUGUACUGAACGCAGGAUGAGCAAAAUACGACGACAGCAGCGAUAUGUUUUAACAAGGAUACAAAAACGCUGGAGCCCAACGCUCCGGGACGAACAGGCACGGUCAGAUGAGUGAAACACACGCAAGUCACUGAAUCAUUCCUUGUGUCCAACCUCGUAGGUCGAUCAUUCAAAUUCCAACAAAAUUUGAACUUUGAGGGUGUUUGAACAAGAGAGAAAUGUGAGAAAAUGUUAAUGCCUGUCUGAGAAAAGUGUAUCAAGUGUAUGGUGAGGGCUUUCACAGCCUUAAAACAUAUAUAAUCAUUGUUAAAAAAUAAAGUUGGGUACUUUGCGGAUUUCACUUAUUGCGGGCUGUUUUGGGAACCUAUCACCUGCGAAAACCGAGCGAACACUGUACAUUGACUUACAAGCUCAACUCCUAUUGUAAUACAUCAGUAUAAUGCCUGAUCAUUCUCUUGUGGCGUUCAGAGUUGGUAAAGGGUGUAUGUUGAACACAGGAAGUGAACAAAUGUAUUAGCAAUUGAAACGGACGGGGGGGUUGGAUUAAAUAAGCCUUGCUUCUUCCUACUCCUUUUUGGGCAUGUGGAAUUGUGAACUGUAAUAUGUGACGUAUUCCAUUUUAAUGUGUAUGCACGUAUAAUAAAUAAUAAUAAUCAAGCCAGAAUGUCAAAAUAGCUGGGAAAAAAAACAGCAGCAGAAAUGGAAAAAACUGCUGUAAAUUUAGGAGAAUAGUACGUAAUACAAAAGGAGAAAAAAAAGGCAGAAUUUUCCAAGAAUAAACGGUGUCAUUUUAGUUGCGUAGAGUUGAAAUAUGAAAGAAAAAAAAAACAUGAUUUUUUUAUAAGUUGUAAAAUUACGAAAAACAAAACAAUGAAUAAAGUUGCAUGAAAAUGAUAACGUUACCAGAAUAAAGUCAAAAUAUGGGAAUAAAGUCAUAAUAACGAGAAGCAAAUUAACAAGAAGAAAGAUGAGACAGUUGAGAAAAACAAAUCAACAGCAGAAAUGGAAAAAAAAACAGCUGCAAUUUUACAAGAAUAAAGUCAAAACAUUAGGAAGACAAAGUCAUAGUCUGAAGGAGAAAAAUAGUCCGAAUUUUCCAAGAAUAAACUCGUAAUAUUAGGAGAAAAAAGCAGUGUCAUUUUCGUUGCGUAGAGUUGAAAUACUAAAGAAAAAAACAUGAUUUUUUGUAUAAGUCAUAAUAUUACCAAAAACACUGAAUAAAGUUGAAAUUUUUGGAAAAUCAGGUUGCGUGAAAAUGAUAACGUUUCCAGAAUAAAGUCAAAAUAUGGGAAUAAAGUCACAACAUGAAGAAAAUUAACAAGAAAGGUGAAACAGGUGGAGAAAACAAAUCAACAGCAGAAAUGGGGAAAAAAAAACGCUGUAAUUUUACAAGAAUAAAGUGCAAAAAUAAAAGAAAAAAUGGGUAUUCUAAUGAGAAAAAGUCACAAUUUUACAAGAAUGAACUUGAAAAAUUAUGUCAUUUUAGUAUCGUAGAGACGAAAUAUUAAAGAAAAAAGACGUUCUUUUUUAAAGUCGUAAUAUGAGAGACAAACAAAACAAUGGAUAAAGUUGUCAUUUUGGGGAAAUUACGUUUAAAUUAUAAUGUGACGAGAACAAAGUCUAAAUAUUAUGGGAACAAAGAAAAGAACAUUUACAGGAAGAAAGAUGAAAUAGUUGAGGACAAAAACAACAGCAGGAAUGGAAAACAACAGCUGUCAAAAUAUCCAGAGAAUUUUCCAAGAAUAAACUCAUAAUAUUAUGAGGAAAAAUAGUCACAUUAGUGUUGAACUAUUAAAGAAAAUAUGUUAUUUUUUUUAAUCCAUAAUUUGAGUAACAAACCAAACUAAAAAUUUUAAUUUUUGUAAAAUAAUGUUGGGAAAAAAGUUAUAAUGUCGAUAAUAUUGUGGUAAUAUGAUGAAAAUAAAAUUUACAAAGAUUAUUUAAGAAGAAAGUUUUUUUCUUGAACUAUAUAUAACUUCUUAACAUAUCUCCAAGUGGCAAAGUUGCAUCCUUUCAUUUUUCACUUUGUGCCGCUCGCUGGAACAAUGUUUGGACAGCCCUGGUUGAGAGCAAUUAGAGGGGGGGUGCAAAGAUGUUUCAUCAGGGUAGUCCCACUCCAAGUGAGAGUGUUGUACUUACUAUGAGUACUCCGCCGUAGAGUGGACAUCACAGCAGGAGUUAGGUAAAGUUGCUGCACAGGUUCUUCCUGCUUACCUUGGCUGAUAUCUGGAGAAAGUCAAACAAGUAAAGCAUUCUAUUAUGCUGGUAAAACUGUGCAGCAGCACCCAGCAGCCGGCAUUCAUUUAAAAAAAAAAAGAUAUAUACUCAACCGGUAGAGGUGUGUACACAUUUGUUUGGCAUACCUUGGCAAUGAGAUACUUAACUUAUACUCCAAGUUUACUCAAAGA